CGGGAUUGGGAGAAGACAGGUGAGGGAGGAGUUUUGAGGAGAGUAAGACGAAGGGCAAUAGGAAGACUUAGGAGGCUAAGAUUCCAUGAUCCAGCGCUCAGCCCCGGGCCCAGUCUCCUGGAAGAGAAGAGGGCCUGUCAUAUGCUUGCUUUUCUAGGAUUUUGCGUUGGAAUUUGAGUCAGGGACCUACUGGUGGAAAGAAAACACAGUGAGCAGAGUCACGUUGAUCUGCUCUCUGGAGUUCGUGUGACAAACUCUGCUUGACAUCAGGACGUCUGAAGAUUGAAAGGGAUCCUACUCAAUUGGAAUCUUUUCUCUACAAGACAAAACAAUACACAGUCUGGCCCUGGACACCAUCAUACUCUCUGCUUCUUCUAUGAGUUUAGCUAUUUGAGAUUCACAUACAUAUAAGAUCUUGCAGGGCUUCCCUGGUGGCGCAGUGGUUGAGAGUCCGCCUGCCGAUGCAGGGGACAUGGGUUUGUGCCCCGGUCCGGGAAGAUCCCACAUGCUGCGGAGCGGCUGGUCCCAUGAGCCAUGGCCGCUGGGCCUGCGAGUCCGGAGCCUGUGCUCCGCAACGGGGGAGGCCACAACAGUGAGAGGCCCGCGUACCGCAAAAAAUUAAAAAAAAGUAAGAUCUUGCAGUAUUUGUCUUUCUGUGUCUGACUUAACAACCUAAAUUCACCUCCUAUAAUGUGCGUCCCUUCGGGAAGAAUAUCAAGGAUCUGUACGAGGUUGCCCACUCUCUUCCCCGCCACCCAACGGAACUUUGCACUCCCCUUCCAUCCUCUCCUAGCAACAUGCCCUCCCUGUUUGAGCCUAUUAGCAAGAAUUUGGUCAAAGAGCUUGGAGACAAAGACUUGAGGCCUGUCAAAUACAUGUUGAGCACCAGCAAAUUCCAUCAGCUGGCGCUAUUAUGGAAGAAGAAGGGGACGCACGCACAGUUCUGGGGACAGCCUGCUGUUCCAGUAGAAUACAUCGUGGAUAUCCUGGAGCCAAGUUCUUCAGUCCCAGGUAGUGUCAACCAGGGACGAAGGAGGCAAGGAGUGAACAACAAGGGUGCUCAGAUAGAUUCUUGGUGCGACACCCAGGAAUCCCUAAGACACCCGCACAGAUGCCUGAGGACAGAUUUCAAGCACCUACAAAAGGAGGUUUGCAGGGAAACGGAGGCAACGGCCCAGCUCCCAAAGGACACUCAGGAUGCUAUUCUCCACAAUAUCCUGGCCAGGCUCAAGGACCGAGAGGCUCUGCAGGACCUCAUGGACUUGUUGGAUUGGGGCCCCUCGGAUCAUCUGGACAGCUUUGGUGGUACCUUCCUAAGUGAGAUGCAAGAGGACUCAAGAAAUCUAUGGCUCAAGUUAAGACUGCACAUCAUUUCCCUCCUUAAAGCCAUAUUGGGGCUGAGUGACACCCAACACGAGCUACUGGCCUGGUCCAUGGAGAAGAGGAUCCUGCUCCAGCAGCGGGCGCUGGUGAAGAGCAUCCUGGAGCCCAACUUCAAGUACCCUUGGAACAUCCCCUUCACCCUGGACCCCAAGCUCCUCACCCCGCUGCAGGUAGAGGGGUUGGCCAUCACCUUCAGCCUGCUGGAGGAGUGCAGCCUGAGGGUGGCUCCCGACAGCCCCAAGGGGACCUGAGACCUGGAGUCCAAGAAGCCCUUGUUCACCCUGUACGGGUCCCUCUCAGUGCCGCAGCAGCUGGCCAAGGCCUGAGCCCUCCCCGGGGCGCUCAGUCCAGAGAGGCCUGGCCACACCCCCGUCUGUGCUGUGAGCAUCGUUGGUGUUCAGGGAGCCUGGGGCCAUGCUUCUCUGCCUCUCCAGUUUGGGGGCACAGGGACCAACAAAGACUCGAGGGAACAUUCUGGGGUGACAGAGAUACUCUGUAUCUUGUAAAAGGUUUAUGCAUUUGUCAAAACUCAACAGAUAGCAUCUAAAGAUGUGAGCACUUUACUGCGUGUUAAUUUUACUUCAAAGCAAUGUACACAAAUAUUGAACUCUCGUUAAUAUGCACUCUGAAUUGUACUGGGUAAAGUGUACUGAUGUCUGUAACUUACUUUGAAAUGUAUCAGAAAAUAAGGUGAAUUGAUGGAUGGAUAAAUAUGUGAUCAAGGAAGUGUGGUGAAAUAUUUAAAACAGGAGUUCUUUUUUAUUCUUGAAAUGUUUUUGUAUGUCUGGAAUUGUUUCAAAAUAAAACUUACCCCCCCACACACACAAUUAUAUCUGUGUGUCCAUCAGUCAUCCUGUGAGUGUUCCUGACUGUGCCUUCUGAGCUGUGGGUUAGGUUCUUCGUCAUUUAAGGAAGAUUCACUCAAUAUCAUUAAACACGUUAUACAUUC